AUGUCCGUCCCCGCCGCGCCGCGCCCACGGCACGUCGCGCUCGGGCUCAGCGCCGCCCCGAGCUCGCCCCUCAGUUCGCUCUUCGACGCCGACCGGAAGCUCGCGCUCGAAGGCACCUCCCCGAAGCCGUGCAUCGUCCCCGGCAACGCCCUCCACCUGAUCGACGACGACCCCGCCGCGCCGCGCUCCGCGACGCCGCCGUCGGUGAUCGUCGUCGGCGACGAGUCCGAGUACGGCGCCGAGCCGGACUCCUCCUCCUCGUCCGAUGCGGAGGGCGCCGGCCGCGCCGACCGCGCCGACCGCCCCGCCCCGCGCGUCCGCUUCCGGAGCCGCGUGCGCAUCACCUCGGGCGUGCACCGGCACCGCGUGCGCGCGCACGUCGCCGCCGCGGGCGGGUCCACGCCCGGCUCGAGCACGUCCGAGUCGCCCUCGUCCUCGAUCUCGGCGCCGCUCCGCUACCAGGCGGACGAGAACGCGGCGUGGGGGCCCAUCGGCCGCCGGCUGAGCGCGUACGCCUCGUCCGGCUCCUGGUCCCGCCGCCAGCAGCAGCAACAACAACAGCCACAGGGCCGGCCUGUGAUACACCACCUGUCCAACGGCCGCGGCGGGUACGGCGCGGCGGGCGCGCAGGGGACGAUGACGCGCCACGGGAUGCGCGGGGUCCGGGGGAGCGCGGGCGCGCACGGGCGCGGGGAGCGCGGCGCGCUCCUCCGGCCGUCGUGGCGGCAGAUGUACGGCGACGAGGAAGAGGACGAGGACGAGGUGGCGAGGAUGCCGGAGGCAGAGCGGGCGUUGCGUGCGGCCGCGCUCCGGCGCGAGGAGGAGGCCGUCUUUGGGCGGUGGCCGUGGCGGAUAUUCAACAGACAUUGGUGGUGGUGGCAUAUGGAGCCCGUCAUGUGCUGUUGUUCCGACGAAGACGAAUACGAGGAACUCUGA